GCCUGGAGGCUGCGCACGCGCUGUGUGAGUGUCGCCGUGCUGGGGCCGGGGCCGCCCUGUCCCGGAAGCGGAGCAGCCCUUGUGGGAAGCGGGAGGAGGCGGUCGUGGUUUACCUGUUAGGUUGAAGGUAGACUUCUAGCGGAUUGUUCGCUUCCGAGGGGCCGCGGGCGGUAGCUAUCGGGUCCCUCUGACCUGUGUUGGGGGGCCUGGGAAAGGGCCGUGACGGGUCCUGAAGAUGCGGCAGGGAACACUGACCAUGGCACUGCUCUCGGCCGUCAGGGGCGCGACCUGGCGUUGCUCCGGGCGCCUCCUCACGCGUCAUUUCUCCCAAGCCGCGCGGUGUGGGCAGCGGCCCGGCGGGGAGGAGUUAAGACGUCUGCUACUGGAUGACUUGCCCCCGACCCCGCGGUCGGCCGGGGAGCUGGAGGUUCUGUUUGGCCUGUCCCCGUGUCUCUUGGCCCUGCGGGCCGCCCGCCGCCGCGUGGCCCGGCUUCUACUACAAGCCGGCAGGUCCGGGCUGCAGGGGGAGCGGGCCGAGCUGCUCCGGGUGGCCGAGGCGCGGGACAUCCCAGUCCUGCGGCUCAGUCGGCAGAAGCUGGAUGCCCUGUGCCGCUACCACGUCCACCAGGGCGUCUGCAUGGAGGUGAGCCCGCUGCAGCCUCGGUCUUGGGCUGAGGUCGGGGAGGCGAAACCGGGCGACGACUCCCAGCAGCUGUGGCUCGUUCUCGAGGGGCUCCAGGAUCCCCGGAAUCUUGGGGCCGUGCUGCGCUCCGCUCAUUUCCUCGGAGUGGAUAAGAUCAUCACCAGCCGGAGAAACAGCUGCCCGCUCACUCCGAUAGUUAGCAAGGCCAGCGCGGGGGCCAUGGAGGUGAUGGACGUGUUCUCCACUGAUGACCUGGCCGCUUUUCUACAGGCCAAAGCCCAGCAGGGCUGGCUUGUGGCUGGCACAGUGGGCUGCCCAGAGCCUGAGAUUGCCCCAUCCUCCGAGAUUCCCAUCACUAGUUGUUUGGACUUCCUCUGGGAGCAGCCUACUCUCCUAGUGCUGGGGAACGAGGGCUCUGGUCUGUCCCGGGAGGUGCAGGCCUCCUGCCGGCUUCUCCUUACCAUCCUACCUGGCCGGCAGCUGCCUCCUGGACUCGAGUCCUUGAAUGUCUCUGUGGCUGCAGGAAUUCUCCUUCACACCAUUUGCAGCCAGAGGAAGAGUUCCCUUGCAGAGGCGAAGAGAGAGCAGCUUCCUCAAGACCCCAAGAAUCCUCAGCCACAUCAGAAGGGCUCAGAGUGGCUCAGCACCCAGGACUGUCCUAAGGAUCAGAAGAAGAGAGGCAGAAGGGGGACUGACUUGGAUUGUCUGAGGGCCCACCGGAGACCCCUCAGUCAGUCCACCUCCUGGAAGGAACCGAUGAACCAGACCCCCGGCCUUGGAUUCCGUGAGGUGGUGAGGACAGGGUUGCUGUUAAUUGUGCAAUCUAGACAGAGUUGGUACACAGCUACCCUAGGGUCCCACAGCUGGAGCAGAAGCCACCAACAUGAAUAGUUUAGAGCAAUCUUUGGCUGCACAUUGGGACCACCUGGCAAGUGUUAAACAGCUGGCACCAGGGAGCAGUGCUCAGAGAGUCUGAUGUAAUUGGUCAGGGGGCAACUUGGGCAUCAAGAUUUUUAAAGUGCCUCAGGUGAGUCUAAUGUGCAGCCCACGCUGAGAAGCCCUGAAGCAGGGUUUCUGCACCUCUGAGCUGUUGGCCUCCUGGGCCCAGCAACUGUUGUGACAGCCUGUCCUGGGCACUGCAGCAUGUUCAGCACCUCUGACCUCUGCCCACUAGGUGCCAGUAGCACCCCUUCUCAGUCGUGAUAACUGAAAAUGUCUCAGGACAUUUCCAGAACGUCCCCAGGGGGACAAAACUGCCCCUAGUUGAGAAUGGCUGCUCUGGAGCAUGGAUCCAGAGGACAGCAGCCCUCAGGUCAAACCCCCAUUGCUGUGUGACCUUGGGCAAGUUCUUUUCCCACUGAGCCUUCGUCCCCUCCUUGGUGGAGGGGCCAAUUCUCCCUUCCUGGGAUGCUGGGGCAUAGAGGGGGCAGUGGGGACUUGGUGCCUCACACGUAGUAGGUGCUCAGUAAGCAGUGCCGUGCUUCUCACUGUGGAAUGCGUUUAUCUCGAAAUUUGACUGGUGACACCAAUUUGGAAGGACAUUUGAUUUGUUUAAAAAGGGCCUAAGAGCAGAGAAAGACAAGUACCAAAUGAUUUCCCUCAUUUGUGGAGUAUAACAAUGAAGCAACACUGAAGGAACAAAACAGCAGCAGACUCAGACUCCAAGAAGGAACUAGUGGUUACCA